AUGGCGACGGCAGCGAGCUCCGGCGGCGUAUCCGACCAUCAGUAUGUCUCGGUCAAGUUGGAGAGCCUCCGCCUGGCGGCGCUCGACCUCGCCCCUCACCUCUUCGGCUCCCACCCCGCCGCCGGCUCGUGGGACCCUUCCAAAGCCCUGCCGAUGGAGCGGGCGGCGGCCGCCAUUUGGGAGCUCAGCUGCGUCCUCCCUUCUCGACACGAAACACUGGAUUUCAAGUUACUAUUGAAGGCAAAAGACGAUAGCUCAGAGUGCAUUGUUGAGGAGGGACCGAACCGACCGCUAGGUUGCGGGAGCAAUCAAGUGGAAAUGACGGAUGCAGUCUUUAAACUCACUGAGAAAGAUUCACUUGAGUGUAAGGUUUGGGUUGAGACAGAGAUGUUGUCCCCAUUUGACCUAGCCGCUAGCUGGAAGGCUCAUCAGGAGAAUCUUCAGCCUUCAAGGGUGCGAGGGACCUAUGAUGUCGUUAUGAACACUGAGACUGAAGCCAGGGACGAGAAUGACUUCGCUUCUGGUUUGGAGCUUGAUUUAGAGAAGUAUGUAGUUCCAACAACACCCAACAUGGGCUCAGGUGUUGUUUAUGCAGCUAACUUGACUGAGAAUCCCCGCUCUUUAUCGUCAAACAAUGAUACCACCAUGGUCAUUUUGCACAAUUCGCUCGACGGUCCUGCGAAUCAUUAUGCUAACACAAAGAAGGACGUAGAUGGAAGACAUACACCGUCACAGGAAGAACAAAAGGCAGUCUUUGUUGAUAGAGGUGUUGGUUCGCCAAGGUUUGCUAGACCAACAAACGAAACCAUUUCAACGAGCAACAUCAAGCAGGAUUCUGAAGCAAACUUUGGCUAUCAGGGUAUGCCAGCAGCAGAAGGAGCUGUUGCAGCAGCAGCUGUAGCUGAUCAGAUGUACGGACCAAAAGAGGACCGCAAGUUAGUCAUUGUGCUGGUUGGGCUGCCAGCUCGUGGUAAGACAUUUACAGCAGCUAAGCUUACAAGAUAUCUCCGAUGGUUAGGUCACGAAACAAAACACUUCAAUGUUGGAAAGUACCGUCGGCUCAAGCAUGGCACUAAUCAGACUGCUGAUUUCUUUCGUGGAGAUAACAAGGAGGGUGUGGAGGCACGUAACGAGGUGGCAGCAUUAGCAAUGGAAGAUAUGCUAUCCUGGAUGGAGGAAGGUGGCCAGGUUGGUAUUUGUGAUGCCACAAACAGCACAAGAAGUCGAAGGAACAUGCUGAUGAAAAUGGCUGAAGGAAAAUGUAAGAUCAUCUUUGUGGAAACAAUAUGUAAUGAUCAGGAUGUUCUUGAGAGAAAUAUUCGCCUGAAAGUUCAACAAAGUCCCGAUUAUGCGGAGCAAACAGAUUUUGAAGCUGGUGUGCGAGAUUUCAAAGAGCGACUGGCAUAUUAUGAGAAGGUGUAUGAACCAGUAGAUGAAGGGUCAUACAUAAAAAUGAUCGAUAUGGUUAGUGGGAACGGGGGCCAGUUGCAGAUCAACAAUAUAAGUGGUUACUUGCCUGGACGGAUUGUUUUCUUCUUGGUGAACUGCCAUCUUACACCUCGUCCUAUCCUGUUAACUAGGCAUGGGGAAAGUUUAGAUAAUGUCAGAGGAAGAAUCGGUGGAGAUUCAUCUUUGAGUGAGGCUGGGGAGGUUUAUUCAAGGAAACUUGCAAGCUUUGUAGAGAAGCGACUGAAGUCUGAGAGAACCGCCUCUAUUUGGACUAGCACACUCCAGAGGACAAUAUUAACUGCAUAUCCAAUCAUCGGAUUUCCAAAGAUACAAUGGCGUGCCCUUGAUGAGAUAAAUGCUGGUGUUUGUGAUGGGAUGACAUAUGAUGAAGUAAAGAAAAAUAAACCUGAAGAAUAUGAAUCACGUCGCAAAGACAAGCUGAGGUACCGUUAUCCUAGAGGAGAAUCCUACCUCGAUGUCAUUCAGAGAUUGGAACCUGUAAUAAUUGAGCUUGAAAGGCAGCGUGCCCCAGUGGUAGUCAUAGCUCACCAGGCUGUGCUGAGAUCACUAUAUGCGUAUUUCGCGGACAAACCACUGGAGGAAGUUCCUAAGAUUGAAAUACCUCUUCAUACAAUCAUUGAGAUAAAAAUGGGCGUCACUGGUGUUGAAGAGAAAAGAUACAAACUCAUGGACGCAGUGAACCCAACUGCAGAGGUCUGA